AUAAUUUCUCGACAUUAUACAAGGAUUAUUCCCGGCUAUAACAAUAGUGCUAUCGUUUACCUUAACGAUAUUAUAGGAGCAAAUCUCAAUUAGUGCAGUCAUUAUACUUAUCGUGAUCUUAGUGAAGUGGCGAGGCAAUGAAUUAAAGUUUUGACAACAUAAUAUAUGUGAUUGGGAACAAGUUUACGCAAAAAAAUACAAAGAAUUCGUCACGAAUUUUCUAUUUACUAGAGUUCCGUACAAGUAGUGAGUACGCAAAAAAUAUAUGAAUCCUGUAAUUAUUGUAAAGUCACGUAAUUCGAGUUUCGUUGAUUGGAUGUUAACUCGAUCAUGAAUAAUUAUCGUUUAACACAAGUCAUGAUCAGUAACUUAGAGGCAAUUAGCUGAUGGGAACGAUUCAAAGACGAGACAUGGCUGUAGACUCUGUUGAAGCCGAGAUCGCGAACCCUGGCUUGUGUUUCUGGUGUGUUUUUUACCUGGACUACGUCAUAUACGGAGUGCUGACUUUAGCUUUUAUAGUAUUAUUCAUAUACUUUAUGUUCUAAUACCUUACUAUGAAAUAAAAAAGCGCUGAAAUGGCAGACAGACAGAAUGUUCAAAACGUCGCUAGAGGACUGAACUCACCAGAACUCAACUCAGACACCAGCAUCCCGUUCGUUGAUGAAGUUGAGCUGGAGGAUAUCGAGGAACCCAUCAGACCAGCUAGAUCCAAAGAUGUAGAGGUCGGAGAUGGGAGAAGAGAAAGAAAACUUCACGCCACCGAUUUAGGCGCAGUUCACACGGCCAACAAAGAUACAAUAGUGGUCGAUACACCUGAAGGGACUUUAUACAUCACUCUAGAUCCGGAAUCUUCGAAAUCAUCCAAGCCUACCAGUCCCAGUACUUUAUCAACGAACGUUUCCAGUCCGACUACAUCGCACACUCCCGGAGCCCAGGAGUCCAGGGAUCUGAUCAUUGUGGAACAGGAUAUGGGACAGAGGAUGACUGGCCUGAGAAGAAACUCAAUAUCCAUGCCGACCUUACCGAAUUUUGAGCUAUUGAAACAAGAAUACAACACGCAAGGUGAUAUUCCUGAACAUCACCAGAGCUCAGUUUCGGUGUUCAGUGACGACAACAAUGAUGUUCAUGAUGAUCAGGCUAAAGUACCGCUUAGAUCGCCUCGCCGUAAGUCCACAGCCCCUCGACGGUUCAGAUCUGAGUUCAGCAUGGACGAAGAUGAGUACUCCCCAAGCAAUUCAGUCACGAGUGUGAACUCGCUCGCCAGUCUACUUAAGGAGAAAUUACAAAGCAUUCCUCAGAAAAUAAGAAAAAAGCCUACAGAUUACAAGCUGCGCGCGUUCGUCGGACUAAUGUUUCUAGCCGUGGUGUUCUUUGUGGGGUUCGCCUACGUCCUCUACCACCGCCAGGCACUCACGACCGCCUACUUCGAAAGAGUGCAGUUCAAUGAACCCAAACGACUUAUAAGGGUUUACAAUCAGGAUGAUGUGGAAAUACUGAAAGCCAGAUUGGGAGUGGAUCUUCACGGGCAGCACAAAUCCUUCCCGUGUCUACCGCAGCACCGCCGGCGAGGCUCUGAAUGCCGAGAGUGGCUUCACGCGCUGCGACUUUACCUCACGAGUCUACCUCCAGAGCAUGACAAUACCACGUGCUACUCUGUCACCUGGCAAGCACUGUCAAAUGACGUUACACCAAACGAUUGCUUCGACUGGGGCGACACGAAAGUUAACUGGUUCGGAGCUGGGCAGUCUCUUAACUUAACCUGGCCACUCAACAGUGGUGCCAUAGAUUAUACGCCUUUCAUCACAGGCGACAUGCAAAAAUCUCAGUUCGGUAACGUUGUUACGAGAUAUUUGAUUAACUCGAAAGGAGGAGCGAUCACUGUAGAUGAAGACACUCCGUUGCAUAUUUCUGUUAACAGAGGUAGAAAGGAAAUAUGUUUGAAAGCGAAGUACGACGACUUCGCAUUCGCUAAUAAAAUGACAGAGUUCCCUGAACUGAAAUACAAUAUAUGCACUGCAAGGGAUAUAAAGUCCUUGCAUUCGUCUAUUCAUAACCACAGAAGAGCCCCUCUGUGGGACGGCCUGAAGCCAGGUGACAUUAAAACAUUAGACUCUCUCAUUUCUGAACCAGUUUGGCAAAUUGCUCCUCGAUUCAAACACGAAUUACAAGACGAAACAAUAGCCAAAUAUACAGAAGAUGUUAUAAGCCUAGGAUUUUUGAAACAAGGGCAUGUAUUGAUUAACGAGUUUUGGCAGAAUGAAAUCGGCGACUUGACAGUUGAUACGAGUCGCUUUGCAACAUUAAAUGUAACCGUAAACAAACUACACAGACGGGGCUUUAAGGUAGCUUUUACAAUACAACCCUUUAUAAGUACUGAAAGUAAAAACUUCGCUGAGACUGUACAAAAAAGAUUGUUGAUCAGCGAAAGAAACAGCGACAGAAGAAUCCCAGCGUUGACAAGGUUUAAGUCCCUAGCGAGUGCGGGCGUGUUGGAUAUAACUAAUAAUAGAUCUGUGCCUUGGAUUAUGGAUAAACUACAGACUGUGAUCUCCGCAUAUCAUAUAGACUCGUUUUAUUUCGACCUCGGCACCGCUUACGACAUGCCGCACUAUUAUCGCUGCGAACAAAAGUUGAUAAAUCCAGAUCAAUACAAGACAAUAUUUACCAAAACAUUUGAGAAGGCUUUGAACAUUAUUGGCGUGUCCUCUGCCAUACAUCUCCCGCGUCCACCGAUUUUCGUAUCUUUGCCGCCGUUUGAAUCUACUUGGGAUGCUUUAAGACUGGUGAUACCAACGAUGUUGACAUACGGCAUAAACGGUUUCCCGUUUACAAUGCCGGGCGCAGUGGGGGGAGACAUAUACUGGCCUGGAAGCGAACAGUUCUUACCAUCAGCUAAAGGAGCCGUAGAAUCGAUCGUGAACAGCACAACCCAGGAGAAUGGUAUCGAGUUACCGGAAAGAGAAUUGUACAUGAGGUGGCUGCAACUAGCAACCUUCUUACCUGUCAUGAAGUUUACUCACCUGCCAAGCAAGUACAACGACGUCACUGUCCUAGAAAUGGCUAAAAAUCUAACUCUUCUACGACAAAUGUAUGUGACGCCUUUGUUAUUAAAAUACAAGCGUGAAGCUCUAGAGGAAGGCCUGCCGUUGGUGCGUCCUCUGUGGCUGGUGGCGGACGCUGACGUCACUCCCGCUCUGGACGAGUUCGUCAUUGGAGACGAGAUUGUAGUCGCGCCUGUCGUUCACCAAGGACACACCACGAGAGAAGUGUAUUUGCCGGCUGGUCUGUGGCAGGACGGUAUAGACGGUUCAUUGAGGAAAGGCAAUCGUUGGAUGCACGACUACCGCGUGCCCGCUACCAAGGUCGCGUACUUCCUCAGGAAACCAGACGACUUAAGGUUUUAAAGGAACGAAGUAACUUACGCUUGAUUCUCAAAUCAACAUUAAUUUGUAACGAAUUGCAGAUUUUUUAUGCCAUUUUAUUUAUAGCGAUGUUGUUGUCUAUGCCAUAUCGUUUAUCUAGCUAUUUUAUUACGUAAUAUUUAAAUAAUAUUUAAAAUAAUUGAUGCGAAAAAUUUUAUCGGUAAAGAAACUUGUAUUAUUUAUGAGAUUAAAAGAUCGUAAUUCACCAAUGAAGUGAUACUAAUUAUAGUUUAGUGUAAUACAAAUGAGGCCAAAGCUCCGUUUUAAACCAAUUAUCUGGUAUGUAAUAUAAAAAGAGUGCUAUAUAUUUUUAUAAGUGAAAUAAAAUUUUAGAAAACUUUUCUAUUGCAUUGGAAGUAUUUUUACUUCUCAUUUUAAUAAUAAUAGUCCUGUAGAACUUAAAGUACAUAGUAUUUUAUUAUCAAAGAUUAAAUCUUUAUUCACAUAUGUCAUAAUGUCACGUCUCCAUAAUUUUUGAUCUCCUUUAACUUUCAUAUGUCGUGAUUCCAAAAUCAAUUUUCGAAACAUGCAGAACACGUUUCUAGAGUUAUGUCUUGCAUUUCUAGUUUGUUAAUUAAAUUUUUACAACACAUAAGUAACGCCAAAUAUAGUGUUGUCGAUUUAAUUGAAAGUUGCUUUAGAUUUAAUUAUAACAUUUAUAUUUCUAUUGGAAUUACAAAUUUCAUUUAAACUACCGUAUUUUAAUGAUUCAUUACAUGUAUGUUUAUCAAAUUUUAUGCUUUAGUUAUGUACAUAAAUAAAAACUGAUAUUCUCAGUGUUUUUAUGGUUGAUUAAAAAAUAAAUUUAAUAUAAAUCAUGUCCAAAAUAUAGAUGCCAAAAAAAUGAUUAUUAUUUGAAGGUGAUCAGUUUUAUACGUGUGUCAUACAAUAAGUGUUUGCUAUAGCAUCAUAGUGUUUGUUAUCGUGAAUCUAGUCCUACAUGGUUCAAUGUGUUAGAUAAUAUUGAAUAAAUGUAAUGUUUGUGAAUAAAGAAUAUUAUGAAAUAUA